CCUAGAUAUGGCUUUUGUCCCUCGCCAGGGCGACUUCAUUCUCAGAUUCUUGGGGCGGAUGCGGCCGCCGCAGGUACCAGCUGUCCGCCGCCAGGCCACUGCUAUGUGCCAGCCUGACCUGGGCCCGGACCGCUUCUUCGUCUUGGAGCUGCCAGACUCUGGUCUGCUUCAUUUCACCCUCAGCAGUGACAGCGGUGAUAGCUCAGACAGGCGCUCCUUGGGCAGCAGAGAUCCCCGGCUAGAGACGUUCUUCCGCGCGCCGGGGCGCAUCUAUUCCCUAUGCGUGCCCCUAGCCCCAGGUUCCGGCUACAAGGGCCGGAUCCGCGCUGCGCGCCUGCACCACCGCUUGGUACAUCAACUUAAACAGAACCCUUUCCAGAAGUGCCAGCUGCGGCGCCUCCUCUCCUACUCCCCUAACAGCCCGCCGGGGAGCACGGAGAAGGGCAUCAUCUUGUGGGAUCCGCAGGACUGCUUGCAGAUACAGCACGCUUUGGAGGGUCUACUGGUCGCCUGUGAGGCUCCGCGCCCACAGCUGGGUAUGUUCGAUGCUGACCACAGUGGCCUGCUGUGGCAGAGAAUGUGGGAGGUGCCAGGAGGAGUAGGAGAUGAAGGGCCGAAGUUCCGAGUGGUGCCCACUGUGGAGCCCCCGCUGCACCCUAUAGUGCCAGACCUGCCUAUCUCUGUGGUGUUUCCCAAUCUUGAAAAAACCCGAAAGAUUUUUGAGGAGUGUGCUUCUUUAAUUCCUGAAGCCCAAGAAGUCCUUAAUUUGGUGGAUAAAUGCUCGAAGAAUGUCCAGAAGGGGAGGUUCCCUGUCGUUGUUUUGGAGGGCCUAGAUGCUACUGGCAAAACUACAGUGGCCCGGAGAGUCAAAAAAGCACUAAAUGCUGUCUUCUUAAAGUCACCUCCACCCUGUGUCACCCAGUGGAGAGAAAUAUUUGAUAAUGAGCCGACAAUCAUCAGGCGGGCAUAUUACUCUUUGGGAAACUAUAUCGUUGCUUCUGAAAUAGCUGAAGCAUCUACCCAGGCUCCUGUGGUUAUAGACAGGUACUGGCACAGCACAGCUGCUUAUGCAAUUGCCACUGAGGUGAGUGGCUUUCCUCACUACCUACCUCCAGCUCACCACCCUGUGUAUCAGUGGCCCGAGGACUUGCUCAAACCCGAUCUUGUACUGCUGCUAACUCUGUGUCCUGAGGCAAGGAUUCAGCGGAUCCAGGAGCGUGGGAAGCUUAAAACGAAGGAAGAAAUUGAGCUGGAGAUCAACAAGUUAUUUCGUGAAAAGGUGGAGAUAUCUUAUCAGAGGAUGGAGAAUCCUAGAUGUCACAUAGUGGAUGCCAACCUAGACAGAGAAGAAGUCAUCAAGAUUGCUUUAGGUCUGAUUAAAAAGUAUUGUACCUCAUUGUAGUCACUCCUGGGAGGUGACAGAUUUUUACCUAAUUAUACAUUAAUAAACCUUACCCCAGAAUGUAUUCCACUAUUUUUCUAGAUCCCUGUUAGAUAAUUACUGUGGGGGGUGGGGUAUAAGGUACUUAAUAUGCAUCAUACACACAUGGCUAUGGAGCUAGAAGACCUAGGUUCAGAUCCUACCUGUGAUGCUUACUACCUGUGGGACUCUGGGCAAGUCACUUAUACUACCUUGGGCCUCAGUUUCCUCAUGUAUAGAAUGAAAGGUUAGGUCUCAGCCUCAGAUGUCCAUUCAAGCUUUAGACUUGUGAUCCUAUGAUCUAUGUGUCAGGCACAAGGUAUUAACAAGAGCAUUGCAUUUGCAGUCAGAAAACCUGGGUCAGGAUUCUGACUCUGCUACCUACUAGCUGUAACCAUGAGCAAAUUGUUUCUACCACUCUUUCGUCUAAGUUACCUUCCAAUUCUAUAUCCUGUGAUCCUGUUUUAUGAAUGUGUGUACAAAUACACACACACGUGUAUAUAUACACACAUAUAUAUAUAUAUGUACAUUUACAUAUGUACAUGGACUUAAAUUCCUUCUCUUCAUAUUACCACAUGUAUGACCCUAAGCAAGUAAUUUCAUCUCUUUAGGGCCUCAGCUUGUUUUUUUGUUUUGUUUUAUUUUUUUAGACUUUAAAUGAGGGGGUUAGACUAGAAAUUGCAGAAGUCUAUCCUAGCACUAAAUCCUCUGAUAGUAUAAGCUAUUUAAAUAUUGUGGCUAUAUAACUUUUUCUAGGUCUUGUCUCUAACUAUUGUAGAUUUUAAUUUCCUUGAUCAGAAGGACUCUGCAAGUCAUAAGACAAUACUAUGCACAUAACAGAAGCUCAAGAAAUAUUUGAUGAAUUACGAAUAGUUGACUUUUAUAAACUUCCUUCCAGUUGUGUUGUUGUUGAGUCAUGAUCUUCUCCCCACCCCCACCCUCAAAAUGUGACACUGAAAAUAUAAACCUCUUGCACUGAACUGGGAAUAUUCAACUUAACUGUCUCAACACUUUGUUUAUGUGGUUGUUCAUAUUUUUCCCAUGUAGCGAUUCUGAUAAAUUAAUUAAAAUUCAAGCUUAAUGAAA